AUGGCGACUGGAUCGAAUUCGAGAGUGCAGGCUGAGCGUCGUUUUUCGUGGGGGAAGAGCUGGCAUGUCUUGACUCUAUCCGGGGCGGUCCACCUCGGACUCCUCUUCUACGCAGACCACGUCGACAGUCAUCCCGAGCGGUAUGCCGGGCUGAAGUAUACGGAUGUGGACUGGAGGGUGGUUAUGGAUGGGGCGAGGUUGAUGUUUCGGCCGAAAGAGGGGGAGGGGGCGCAAGGGUGGAUGGGGAGGUGGUUGUGGGAUAGAGGGGUACGGAUAGGCGACCCGUACCUACGGCAAACAUUCCGCUAUACCCCACUUCUACCCCUUCUCACCUCCCCAUCCCUCCUUCAUCCCCUCCUCGGCAAGAUUCUACUCUCCCUCAUCUCCCUCGCCAUACCCGUCCUACUGCUUUGGCAACCACGGCUCACCGCAUCUCGUCCGAGACGUCAAGCUUGGCCCGCAGCUGCACCCUUUUGGGCGACCCAUCUCGUCUGGACGCUCAACCCGUUCGUACUCAACAUAACGACCCGCGGGUCGCCCGAGGCCAUCAUCGUCUUCUUGGUCAUCCUGACCUUGACGCUACUCCGGCUGUCUGUAGUAGCCAUCCCGGUCCCCGCAGAAUCUUCGGCUAUGCAAGGGUACGAGGACGCCGCUGCAGUCGCUUUGGCCCUCGCUAUCUCAUACAAGAUCUACCCCAUCAUCUAUGCUCCGGCAUUCUGGGCGUUCCUUAGGCGACGGCACGGUCUCUUCGGGCUCGGAGUCUGGCGAUUUGGAGUCAUCACUGCUGUUUCUCUCAUCCUUGUCAACGGCGUCUUGUACUCUAUAUGGGGUCAACCCUUCUUGGAACAUACCUUCCUCUACCACCUCCGCCGGAAAGAUCACCGACAUAACUUCUCGCCUUACUUCUACCCCAUCUAUCUCUCCUUAAUUGCUCCUUCAUCUGACCCUACUACACUCGCCGCCAACCUAUUGGGCAUCUUCCGACACCCGCUUACGUCCUUUAUCCCUCAGGCGACGCUCGUCCUCGGUGCUGGAUGGGUCCUGACCCCACCCGCUGGACUUCCAUUCGCGAUGUUCUUCCAGACCGUCUCCUUUGUUAUCUUCAACAAAGUCUGCACUUCACAGUAUUUCUUGUGGUUCCUCGCCCUCAUCCCACCCAUCAUCCCCCAACUCGAUCUUUCUCCCCGACGCGUCACCUUGCUCAUCCUGACCUGGAUCGCAGGUCAGGCCGUAUGGCUCGGGAUGGCGUAUCAGCUGGAGCUGCUCGCGAGGGAUGCGUAUCUGGCGGUAUGGGCCGCAGGGAUCGGGCUGUUUGGGGCGUCGGUAUGGGUGUUGGGGGAAUUGAUCGAUGCGUGCAGACCGGGACGGACUGGACAGGUUGAUGUGUGA